AUGAGGUUUUCCACUGCCGAUGGACCAUGUUGGGUGCUCUCGGAUGCGUUUUCCCCCAGCGUAACGGCGUCAAGUUCGGCGAAGCGGUCUGGUUCAAGGCCGGUUCACAAAUCUUCAGCGAGGGUGGACUCGAUUACUUGGCAAGUUAUUCUACUGGGUGCCGUCGAGGGUUACCGUAUCGCCGGUGGACCUAUCGGUCAGGUGACCGACCCGUUGUACCCUGGUGGUAGCUUUGACCCUUUAAGUCUUGCUGAUGACCCGGAAGCAUUCUCCGAACUCAAGCUUGUCUCCUCUGUAUAA